AUGGCCGAUAUAGAACCGGAUAUAAUAUCAGCCUGGCGCGAGUGUGCAAAAUGUUUCGACGAGCGAAGAGACGCCCUCGAUGCUUUAUCAACCACUCUGAACAGACAGAUACUUGUGAUGAAGGACAUUUUCAAUAACGGUCAACAACAAAUUAGAAGUCUUCUAGCAUAUAGAAGCAUAUUGUCGCUGGCAGGUGUCAGUCAGCCAAGGCACACAUUUGAACAAUGGGUGCAUGAGCUGGACAUCAAAAACGCAGACGAGAUACAGAGAGACUGGAUUCUAAUCUCCAUCUACACGGCAGUCAAGCCCACAGAGGAUGCAUACUACCUCGCAACGCGCGCCUACGGGCAAAUGCAAUCCAUACUCGAGCUUCAGAAACUGACGUGGAACUCGAAUAUUGACCUGCAAGCCGACUGUGACGCGUUGUUGGCGCGCUUGACGCAACAGAGAAAAGAGACUGCGCGCAUCUUCGAAGAUGAUCUGAGGCCCCUCAAGGCACUCGUAGACAGGGUAGCUGGCGAUUUGAACAACGAAAAAUCGAGAUUGCCUGUAUCUGAUGUUGAAGAGUUCAAGAACGCUACCCCACAAGAAAAGUCUAUGAUCAUUGCACGUCAACUUAAAAGUGAGCAAGCCGAUAUCGCGCGUCUAGCACGUGCCCGCUCAGCGUGCUAUGGCGUGCUCCAAUCCGCCUUGCAAGACAUGCAGCACCAGUACGCAGCCCUGGCCGAGAUCGAAAGCGAGUUGAACUUGCUGCAGUACGGGCGGGCGCCACAAGGACAGGGCGGAGAUUGGUCUUGCAAGACGAGCGGCGGGAGCGACACGGUGAUGCCGUCCGCUGCAGGUACUGCGCCUGACAAUGUGCCUGCGUUCAUGGAGGAGUACUUGCCUGCGCCCGAGCGACUGCAGCAGCCGGGUGACGAGCCGGGGAUGAAGCGGUGUGUGGUGGGCCGGCCGGUGGGGAAGGUGCUGCGGGUUGGGGAGAGGUUCUACGGGAUAGGGAGGUGCGACAAGCAUCAUGACAAAGACGUCUUCAAGGACAAUAUGCAGAUACACAGGAGUAACGAGGGUGACUAUAAGCUCAACGAGCAUGCGUGGAAGUGUACUGGACAAGCCACAAGGGGGCCUAUGAGGAAACCGGCACAUCGGCUGUAA